AUACAUCAUGUGGACUGGGGACGUGGAGGAGGCGCAUCUAAACCGUCUGCGCAUGUCCCAUGAGCGCCGCUGCGGAGCUUAGGGAGCGAGGUGAGCCGCGGCGGGAAGCAGUGGCGGCUAAGAUAUCCUCGGGACAACAAACGAGACGGCACCUGUCCGGCUUGAUAAAUGCUGAAAUGCGAGGAGCGGUCUCUCUUCCUCCCUCCCUCUCUGCCGCCCCUUCCCCCCCCCAAGGUCUACACGGGCGGCGAGAUCCAAAGGCCGUGACAUGAGCUCGCAUCUCCAAGUCUGCCUCGGGAUUUAGUGGCCAAACAUCUGAACCAUCAUACACCAGCACAUCACUCUCCGCCUCUCCCCUGAGCUGCAGACUGGACGGUGCUUCUCUCCUCCCCUGUACGUAUUCACUGGCACGCCGCCCUCUGCCCUCCCUUUCUCAUGGAGCCUCACAGUCUCAAGGGUCUAGUAACUGGUCUUUAUCAGUGAACAAACACAAUUUCCAAAGUCAACUGUUUUCGGCUUCUUUACAAGUAUACUUCAGUCAGUCACUCACUUAAUAGAUGAGUGAAUACGACUAAAAAUAAAAAGCAAAGUUGGAGGACGAGUACUGCCGCUGUUGCGGGUUCAGAGCAGAUGUUCGUGCACAAUAAAUCAGUCAGGUUUGUACACAGGCGCCUCACAACAGCAGUGCUAGAUCUGUUAGUGAGUUAUACGAUAAAGCCAUGUUCCUGAGAGCUGCACAAACCCUGACUGACUCGUCGCUGCCAGCGGAGACAUGUGUUUGGUGAUGUGCGAGGCCAAGUGACAAAAAUGGUAGCAAGCAAUGUCCUGUGGGGUGAGUGUGGCACUGUUGGCGAAGCGCUAGUGCUGCGUGGAACGUAAGGGUGACAUAUGUGCGUGCAUACUAAACAUUACACAAGAAGGUAAUGUAGCAAAAGAAAUACUUUUGAUAAAAUGAGAAUACACGUUCUGAAGUGAUAAUGGACAAGGUCUUUCUGCUACUUUUUUUCUUACGCAAAAGAGCCGACAGAAGGAGCGAAAUGAAGAGAGGAAGAAAAAAUAAACGCAAAGUGAAACAACAGAAAAAUUUUCAAAAUGGAGGCCAAGUUAGUUCCUGAGAGAGUUGUUAAAUACGGAGGAUUAAGAAACACUUCUAUGGCAAUGGCGAACAGGUCUUCUCCUCUACUUUUCCUUCACGAUCCUUGAUAUGAGCAGGCAGGACGCGGGGAACCAGGUGACAGACAGUGGAAGAACAAUACAUUUAACACGACGUAUAUUUUGCAGAAUCCAAUCCCCCCAACCAAACCAAGAGGAAGCGGAAUCCCUCUUGACCAACAACACUGUGGGGCGCCUUGAGAACGUGUGGCAGCGGGGAGGACGUGCUGCUACUCAUGGCCGUGUGGACCAGACGAUGAGGAUGUGAGACAGAGGGAGGAAUGGAAGAGGAUAUGGCGCUCAUCAGGCGGCGUCCCGAAUACGCUGAUUGACACCAAAGAUAGAGAAGAGUAAUACUAACACGUUUUCUUUUUAGUGACAACGAAUACAAGGCAAGAUAUAGAAAGAAAACAAGCCGGGCAGUUUGCAUCGUUUUUGUCGCCACAUUUACUGAGUUACCGAGUCGCCCUUCAGUUUCACGAUGGAGGAGUGAAGCUAACAUAUCUUUUCCUCAGUUGCAGAACGAACACAGCCGCGAUGGGCAGGCUCAAGAAAAGGAGAGGCGCACCAAGCAUCAUUGUUUAUGUUCCUCUCCCUUCCCCAAUCCCGCACUGGGAGUAAUGGGCGACUUACUUCCCUCGUUAGGUGUAGCUUAACGAAAGAUAAUGUGGACUUUGGAUGGUUUUUGUAGUGUGUAGGACAUUUGUGUGUAGGAUGUAGUGUUAAGUUACCCUCAUGACACACCUCCCUCACUACUACCACUAUUACACACACACACACACACACACACACACACAUACCUUGCUGACAUCGUUCCAUUCACCCGCAGGACCCUUCAAGUGGGGCUACACUGAAGAAAAUGGACCCGCCAUCUGGCCUGAAAAGUUCCCCAUGUGUGGCGGCAAGCGGCAGUCCCCCGUGGCGCUGGUGUCCAAGGAUGCAUUGGGAACCAACCCCUGGAUUCCUUUCAAGUUCGAGAAUUACAGAGAGACUCCCACCACCCAAAUACUCAUCAAUAACGGACACACGGCCAUGGUGAUGGUCGAGCAGGAGAAGCCGCCGGUACUGCGUGGUGGAGACCUGGAGGGUCCAUACAAUUUCUUGCAGUACCACUUCCACUGGGGCAAGGAUUCGUCGGAAGGAUCUGAGCACACCAUCGAUGGCAGGGUAUUCCCGGCUGAGCUUCACCUGGUGCACUACAAGGCGAGCUACGGCAGCGUGACCGAGGCUGUCAAUCACGAGGACGGCAUCGCGGUGCUGGGAAUCAUGCUGGAGUUGACUAACCAAGACAACCCGUUCCUGAAUCCCAUCUUCGACAACCUUGAGAAGAUUGUCAAGGCCGAUACUGAAGUUCACAUUUCACCCUUCGCGCUCGACCGCCUCCUGCCAAAAAAUGUUCACGAUUUCUUCCGGUACGAAGGCUCCCUCACCACCCCGACCUGCAAUGAGAUCGUAAUAUGGACCGUCUUCAAGGACACCAUCAAGAUAUCCCACAAACAGCUGGCGAAGUUCAGGAUUCUAAUGGACGAGGAAGGGAACAGAUUGAUCGAAAAUUUCCGUCCCGUCCAACCACUCAACGGCCGCGAAGUGUAUAUGGGCCGCCUCACUCCAUACUGGAGCUACGUCCCUCCUUUCGACCCACCGAACUGGCCAAAGUCCUUCCCCAUUUGUGGCUCUGACGUGCGUCAAUCUCCGGUCGCCCUUGUCGCCGCAGACGCUGUUGGGGAGUUCCCGAGGCUGACACUUGGCUUCAAGAACUACGGUGUUCCACCUGCGAGCAUGAUCCUCUUCAACAACGGACAUACUGCACAAGCCAACCCAAUCUUCGCCCCUGGAAAGGAGGCGACGAUCCAAGGCGGUGACCUGGAUGGGAAAUACCAGAUCCUGCAAUUCCACUUCCACUGGGGCGCCACCGAUGCCUUGGGGUCAGAACACACCAUCGAAGGCAAGAGAUUCCCUCUCGAGAUACACAUUGUCCACUGGAAGACAAGCUACGGCUCUGUGACCGAGGCUCUGAACUUUGGCGAUGGCAUAGCCGUGUUGGGCAUCAUGGCGGAGGUCACCAAGGAGGACAACCCCAAACUGCAACCCAUUAUUGAAGCACUGGCCAAAAUACACGAACCUGAUGAGGAGACAGAGCUGCAUUCCUUCGUCUUUAGCAGCCUGCUCCCUAAAGACACCGACAACUUCUUCCGGUACGAAGGUUCCCUCACCACCCCGACCUGUAAUGAAAUCGUCAUCUGGACAGUCUUCAGAAACAGCAUCCCUAUAUCUUCCAAACAGCUGGCAGAGUUCCGCAAGCUGAGGGAUGACGGUGGAAUGAUCCUACAGAACAACUUCCGCCAGCCGCUACCACUCAACGGGCGUGAGGUCUUCAUUGCCAGCCGUACAACUCACUGGUCCUACAUCGGAGAUACUGCGCCGAAGCACUGGCCAGUCAUCUUCCCUCAAUGUGGAGGUAAAAAACAGUCCCCCGUGGCUUUGGUGACGAACACUGCAGUCACUGUCGCCAUGAAGCCUUUCGUCUUGACCAACUACGAUAAGGCGCCCGCCAAGAUGACCGCCUUGAACAACGGACACACAGCGCAAUUCAUGGUGGAGUCUGACCACUUGCCGGCGGUGAAUGGUGGAGGCCUGGACGGCGGCUACACCUUCCUGCAGUUCCAUUUCCACUGGGGUGCGAACGACACACUGGGCUUCGAGCACACCAUCGACGACAAGAGGUUCCCCGCUGAGCUUCACGUGGUGCACUUCAAGACGAUCUACGGGAGCGUGUCCGAGGCCGUCAACUUCGAGGACGGCAUCACUGUCCUGGGGGCCAUGCUCGAGGUCUCAGACACCGACAACCCCAAGCUGCAACCCACCAUCGACGCCCUUUCUAAGAUACGCGAAGCAGAAACUGAAGUCGAAAUCACGCCUUUCGCCCUUGGAAAUAUACUGCCGUCCAACCUGAAAGACUUCUUCCGCUACAAUGGUUCCCUCACCACCCCGACAUGCAAUGAAAUCGUCAUCUGGACCGUCUUCAAGCAGCCCAUCCCGAUAUCCAGAAAACAGCUCGCGGAAUUCCGGAAGCUGGAGGACGACUCUGGGCUCCCGCUGGUGGACAACUUCCGUCCCCUGCAGAACCUCAAUGGUCGGAAGAUACAAAUGAGCUAGACUGACGGUAAAUGUGGCGGUGGCGGCAGCUAGGAAGAGAUGGGAAAGAGUCCCUCCCUCCACCCGUGGCUGCCCUCGCCUCCCCUCGCCCCUGCACAACCUGAAGCACUGCAUGGAGAGGACUGCUGCUGCAACUACUGCCAUGACCCUGUCUGCGCCCACACACACACACACACACACACAAACACAUUUCUACGUCUCAUCACCAUUACGAAUGGGUAGGCAAUCAUCUCCCCUUUCCCUCCUAUUUCCCUUCCGGACAUCUCCCUCCCCCUCCCUUGUUUCACUCUGGACAUUCUCCCCCUCGUGGAUAUUUUUCCCUCAAAAAAUUCUCCCGCAAACUGACAAAAACCAUCAAUGGAACCUCUAACCUAACCUAAUGUAACCAAAACAAAGGUAUCGAUCAGUUUGGGCAGCAUAAGACACUGAUAACACAACUCACAUGACCACAGGGAAAUAAUCUAUGAGAAAUGUCAAGAAAGGAAUGUGUCGACGGAGGGAGCUUGCCACGGGGGAGAAUAUGACAGCAUUCACAGUAACUUGAACCCUUCCCUCGACCUCCCCGUCCCUCCCAGACACAUCCCAUCCGUGAGGUCCAGCACUGUCAAUGUUCAGAAGAAGCAAAACAACUCACUUAACACAAGUGAUAACAAUAACAGCACUUCUCUUGUACAAUGGUAUGGCGGAAGAGAAAUAAGACACACCAACACACACACACACACACACACACACACACACACAUGCAGGUGACACAAGUGGUUUCAAAUUUAACUGUGUGCAUCUGUUACCUUCUAAUUAAUCUGCAUGAAACACGGACAUAACAAGUCAUACCUCCGCCUGACUACCUAACUGCCAAACUGCCCCACCUGUGUGUCUCCAUCACCUCACCUGCUUCUUCUUUUCUUACCUGUGAAUAAAGCCUGACGUGUUUUA